CCAGACCCGAAACCAGACCGAACUCGGACUUGCAUCUCGAAUCUCGUCCCGCUCAAGCCCCCAGUCGACUGCCAUAUUCGCGCCCAUGUCCCGGAUACUCCUCCAGCGUCCGUAUGCGUCGUCCGUGCUGCUACUGGCGCUGGCGCUGGUGCUCCUCGCUGGCUCAGUCGCUGGCUCCGUCGCUGGUUCUUCGGCCGGUCUGUCGCCGCUUGAAGCGAAUUCCUCGGCCGGUCUGUCGCCCCUCAAAAGCCUCCUACACGGCAGCGAGUGCGUCGCCCCGCCAGCCUCGGAAGCCGACGCAUGUGCCUUUGUGAGGGAGCACUGUCCGAGCCCGGAAUCGGGCCUGCUCAACUAUAUGAAGAUAUACUACUGUACCUUUGGCCAAAGCACAUUCGGAUUCGGCAUCAUGCUGCUGUGGCUGAUUUACAUAUUCAUCCUCUUUGGCACCGCGGCCGAGUCGUACUUUUGCCCGAAUCUAUCGUACAUUUCGUCGUCGAUGCUGCUGUCCCAGACAGUCUCUGGCGUGACCCUGGCGGCUCUCGGCAACGGAGCACCCGACCUGUUCUCGACUUUCUCGGCCCUGGACUCGGGCAGUGUGUCCAUGGCGCUUGGCGAGCUACUUGGUGCCGCAACGUUCAUUACCCUUGGAAUCGUUGGGGUGGUUGCCUUCAUAUCUCCAUUUCAGUUUCCCAGACGCCCGUUUGUCCGAGACCUUGUUUUCUUUAUCUUCAGCAUCAUCUGGAUUCUCAUCAUCAUCAACGAUGGCUUCAUCUCCCAGCUCGAGAGCAUCUUCCUGAUCCUGUAUUACUGCGUGUACGUGGCUGUCGUUGUGAUCGGAAACAUCAUCUAUCGACGACAGAAGGCGGCCCGCAAUGCAGCAGCGAUUCUACUCGAUGACGUCGAGGAGCCAGACUGGAUUGAGGAUUCGGACGAAGUCGAUGGAUUGAUCCCAAACCCGACUGCAGAGCAGCGUGGUCUCGACGGCGACUUUUUCACACGCAGAUCGAUCUUGGGCCUCCAGACGACAUCUCUGCCAAGGGAAUUCGGCAGAAGACGGGACGGCAUUCCAAGCAUCCGACAGCCGGGUGGAAGUUGGUCGUUUUCAGACUCGAAUCGACAGUCGCGAACCAACAUCUUUGGUCUCUUCUCACCUGUUACUCAGCACCAGCCGGGAUACAGCCUGGUACCGCCCGCCCCUGAAGAGGUCAUCCAUGCACGCACACGCGACCCUGAUUUCAGCAACUACUAUGUGCCUCCGCCGCCGUUUCCCUGGACAGAGACUUUCCACGAUCUGUUCCCCAUCUUCCGCAAGUGGCAUCGCGUCAGUCUGGUGCGGAAGGCAUGGGCCAUCAUCCAGACCCCAAUCCAGUUUCUGCUGACACUGACGAUACCUGUUGUCGGCGAAGAAGAGGGAGCGCCGAUUGAUGUCCUUUCGAUCAACGAGCUAGAGUCACUUCGGCAGCACACUGCACCAGACGACGAGCUCUUCCUUGCCCCCGGUGUUGGCAGCGAACAACAGGCCCGGUAUCUGCAGAGCCGCGAUGGCCAUUUGCAAGCUGUCCGCGAAGAUGCAAACGACGUAGGCGACGAUCUGCUAUCGUCCCCUGUUCCGUUCGACCCCGAAGACACUGUGGUCGAGAAGAUGGAGGGCCGAAGCACACGCAAGGAAAUAGUCUACUUGCAAAUGUGCUUUGGUCCGCUGUUUGCAGCCUGGGCAAUCUGGGGGCACUCGACCGAUUCGCUUGUCCUGCUGUACGCCAAGGCGCUGCUGUUCUCGGCUCUGUUUGUUGGUCUUGCGUAUCUCUUAAUGGGUCGACUAGGGAUUCCGCUGCAACGACUUGGGUUUGGGCUGUCGGUCUUUGGCUUCCUUUAUGGUGUCGUGUGGAUCUAUGUGAUCGCUAACGAAGUGGUGGAGCUGCUGCGGUCCUUUGGUCUGAUCCUGAGUAUCGACGAGGCGAUUCUGGGCAUGACUGUCUUUGCCAUCGGCAACAGUCUCGGAGAUCUUGUCACGAACAUCACAAUUGCCCGGAUGGGAUUCCCCGCUAUGGCAGUCGGGGCUUGCUAUGGAGCGCCGAUGCUGAACAUUAUUCUGGGCCUUGGCGUGUCGUCCUUUUACCAGACAUACACCUCCGGCCAGAGCUAUCCCGUCACGGCCUCAGCAACAGUCCGGCGCUGCUGCUUCAUUCUUCUUGCUGUUCUCGUCGGCGCUCUCGUGGUCAUUCCUCUGAUGAACUUCAACUUUGACCGCCAGAUUGGGACAGGCUUCCUCCUUGGAUAUGUGCUGGUGGUGUCGCUCAGCAUCCUCGGCUCGGGCCUUGGCGGAUGAGUGUCGGGGCGAGGCUGGACCGCUCGGUCGCUCUGGGGGCGGGCGGUCGUUGGUUGCUGGCGAUCGAUGACGCUGGGACAUGCAGCUCGCUGCAUCGAAAUACAGUGCUUGGUCGUAUGGAAGCACUGCCGUCUCAGCGCCCUGGCCCGUCGCCCGCCGUGUGUUGUCCAUGGGGCACCAGCUCGGCCCGACAUGAUCAUGUCGAGAUGCAUCGGUUUGCGGAACAAAGGGAGCC